AUGCGUAUCUUUGCCAUCACAUCCAUCCUCGCCAGCAUUGUCGCGAGUGCAGGCGUGCUUGGUGUCGCCGUAGAGGCCAAUGUAGAGCGCUCUGUGUCGAAUGUCCAAGCCGUGACUAUUGGCGACUAUACAAUCACAAUAACGACAGUCCCCGUCACGCCUGCGCGCCUCGCCAAGUUCCCCGCGGCCAAGACCCGUAACCGCUCGUCUCCUCCACAAACGUCGCUCACCAAGCGGGUGGUCGGCAAUGGCUGCGAGGUUGGGUGCGGGGGUAACGACUUCUGCUCGAAUGACCUCAGCCUCUCGCCUGACCCCCCCUUGCUGGCCGACUGCCAGUCUCUCAAAGCGGCCCUCGACCAGCUUGCGCUCAGUGAGGUCACUAACACCUUUCCGUGCAAUUUCCCGAACAGUCCCUCCUGUCCUAACUUCACCGUACCCCCCGGGUUCGAGCAGAUCUACUCCUUGGGUACCUGCGCAGUGGGCCUAAUAAACUUCAACCCUGUCGGCGGGCCCGAUGUCGCCUUCUGCCACUACCUUAUGGCCGGGACCCUUUUAUCACUGUUCACGAGUUGCAUCACGAACUUGGGUUUCACCGGGAGCAUCUGUUUCUCCAACUCCAAUAACCUUGGGGUCAACUGGGGCCUUGAUCGCAACAACACUACGCACGAAAACAUUCCUAUGCUCGUGACUGUUGCCUAG